ACACUUUGGAGAUCUCAAUGUGUGGUCUUCAAAUUUCUUCAUAGACUCUUCUUUUCGCGUCUUUCUCUCCGCCAAUUCUAAUUCUCCUCCCAAAGGUCAGCCAGAUCCAUUCUUCCUUUACAUAGUUUCUUCGAUUUUUAUUUUCAAAGCUGCACGGUUUGCCCAGAUCUUGCAAAACCUGAUUUCAAUGGCUAGUUUUGGGAUCUGGGUAUUGACAAUCUUCUUGAUAUUUCAAUAUGGGUAUGGGUUUUAUCUGCCUGGUAGUUACCCUCACAAAUAUGUCGUCGGGGAUCCUUUAUCCGUCAAAGUGAAUUCCCUGACUUCCAUCGACACUGAAAUGCCCUUUAGUUAUUACAGUUUACCCUUCUGUAAGCCUCCCGAGGGUGUUAAGGAUAGUGCUGAGAAUCUCGGUGAGCUUCUCAUGGGAGAUCGGAUUGAGAAUUCGCCUUAUAGGUUUAAGAUGUACACCAACGAGACCGAGAUCUUCUUGUGUCAAUCCGAUAAGUUGUCGGCCGAUGAUUUUAUGUUGUUGAAGAAGAGGAUUGAUGAGAUGUAUCAGGUUAACUUGAUUCUCGAUAAUUUGCCUGCGAUAAGGUAUACUUUGAAAGAGGGUUUCGUUUUGAGGUGGACAGGGUACCCGGUCGGGGUUAAGGUUGAGGAUGUCUAUUAUGUGUUUAAUCAUUUGAAAUUCAAGGUGCUUGUUCAUAAGUAUGAGGAAACGAAUAUGGCUAAUGUGAUGAGGACCGGUGAUGCUGCUGAUGUUAUCCCUGGCGGCGGUAAACGAGGAUCGGAUGAGCCGGGAUAUAUGGUUGUCGGAUUCGAAGUGAUUCCUUGCAGUGUCAUGCAUGAAGGGAAUCUGGUUAAGAACUUGAAAAUGUAUGACAAAUAUCCGUCUUCGAUUAAAUGUGAGACGACUACCGUCUCGAUGCCGAUCAAAGAAGGUCAGCAAAUCGCCUUCACGUAUGAGGUUGUCUUUGAGGUGAGCGAUAUCAAGUGGCCAUCACGUUGGGAUGCUUAUUUGAAGAUGGAGGGAUCCAAAGUCCAUUGGUUCUCGAUCUUGAAUUCCCUUAUGGUGAUCACUUUCCUUGCUGGUAUAGUCCUUGUGAUCUUCUUAAGGACCGUCAGGCGGGAUCUGACCCGGUACGAGGAGCUCGACAAGGAAGCCCAAGUGCAGAUGAACGAGGAAUUGUCUGGCUGGAAGUUAGUUGUUGGGGACGUUUUCCGUGCCCCGUCCCAUCCUGCUCUUUUAUGUAUUAUGGUCGGCGAUGGAGUUCAGAUCAUGGGGAUGGGAAUCGUGACUAUAUUGUUUGCUUCUCUCGGAUUUAUGUCCCCGGCAUCUCGAGGAACCCUCAUUACAGGUAUGCUAUUCUUCUACAUGAUUCUCGGAAUUGCAGCUGGCUAUGUUGCAGUUCGGCUUUGGAGAACUAUCAGCUAUGGUGAUCACAAGGGAUGGGUUUCGGUCGCAUGGAAGGCUGCUUGUUUUUUCCCUGGCAUCGCCUUCUUGAUUCUCACCACUCUGAAUUUCCUACUGUGGGGAAGCUCUAGCACGGGAGCUAUCCCGUUUUCUCUCUUUGUUAUCCUACUCCUACUCUGGUUCUGCAUCUCGGUUCCACUCACCCUAAUCGGUGGAUACUUGGGGGCAAAGGCCCCUCAUAUUGAAUACCCUGUUCGAACCAACCAGAUCCCUCGUGAAAUCCCGGCUCAAAAGUACCCAUCAUGGCUGUUGGUUCUUGGUGCUGGAACUCUACCUUUCGGUACCCUUUUCAUCGAGCUCUUCUUCAUCAUGUCUAGCAUCUGGAUGGGGCGUGUCUACUACGUCUUCGGCUUUCUGCUCAUCGUUAUGAUCCUCCUCGUCGUGGUCUGCGCCGAAGUAUCCUUGGUUUUAACCUAUAUGCAUCUAUGCGUGGAGGACUGGAAAUGGUGGUGGAAAUCAUUCUUUGCUUCCGGAUCGGUUUCCAUCUACAUCUUCCUGUACUCCGUAAACUAUCUCGUAUUCAAUCUCAAGAGUUUGAGUGGACCAGUCUCCGCAACUCUCUACUUGGGGUAUUCUAUCUUCAUGGUUCUGGCAAUCAUGUUGGCGACCGGCACAAUCGGGUUCCUCUCUUCAUUAUGGUUCGUGCACUAUUUAUUCUCGUCCGUAAAGCUCGACUGAGGAGAUAAUCGGCAGACGAAGAGCUCAAAAAAAAAUCAACCUUUACAUUAAUCAAUCGUAUCUAGUACUUAUUAUAUUGAGCUUUACUUUGUUAGGGAGAACUAAAGGCAGUGACAAUAACAUGUUUUACUUGGAUUCUUUAUUAGUUGCAUGGUAUUGCAUUUGCGUUCUGAUAUUA